CAAUGUGGUGUGUGUCGUUGCAGAGGAGAUGUUUACACUCGUCUUUAUGUUUAAUGAAGAAGCUGAAAGGUAAAACUCCAGCGGAGCAGCGCUGGUUGGCUCGGCAGCUCAGAGACCCGUAUGUCAAAGCAUCUCACGCCCAAAACUUCCGGUGCAGAAGCGCCUUCAAGCUGCUGGAGAUAGAUGACAAGUUCAGGGUGUUAAAGCCUGGAGACAGCGUGGUGGACUGCGGAGCUGCACCUGGAGCCUGGAGCCAGGUGGCCGUCCAGAGGGUCAACUCAGCCGGGACAGAUCCAGAGUUACCACGUGGUACAGUCGUUGGUAUUGAUCUGCUGAACAUACCUCCUCUGGACGGGGCCCACUUCCUGUCCAGUCAUGAUGUCACCGACCCUGCUACACAUGCCCAGCUGCUGACGCUGCUCCCCAGCGGCCAGGCUCACGUCAUCCUGAGCGACAUGGCGCCAAAUGCCAGCGGUUUCCGAGAGAUGGACCACGAGAAACUCAUCAUGAUGUGUUUGUCUUUGAUAGACUUGGCUGAGAAGAUUUUACAGCCGGGGGGCUCUCUGGUUUGCAAAUACUGGGACGGGAUUCUCGUUCAGAAACUCCAGGAGAAGCUCUCGAGUGUGUUCGGUAGCGUGCGGACUUUAAAGCCAAACGCCAGCAGAAAAGAUUCGGCUGAGAGAUAUUUCCUCGCUAGAAUAUACAGAAAGCCAGUGAAAUGAUGGUAGUUGCCUUUUAUUUUUCUAAUGUGUAAACUAAAAUGAAAUAUAUGGUCAAUGAAUAUGUUUUGUCGAGAUUCACAGAAGUGCCCACUGUGUUGUUUGUGAUCAGCCUGAACAUGAAGAAGAGUCUCAUUUAAUAACCUUGAUCAAAAGGUGGCACUGUUGAGGCAUCAGUGAGGCUCACAGCUGCAGGCACAGACACGUCACAUGCUGUUGGUGCUGAUUUUUAUCCCAGCAAACUUAACACCGUAGCAUCAGUGAAUCAGUAAUAUGUAAACCUAUUCAAGAAUCACCAGUGUGAUAUUCCUCAAGAGCCCAAUGCCGCAUUUCUCUGAACUUAUUGUUUGCCCCACAGUGUUUGUUCUACACACUCAGUUUGGUAUUUGCUUUGUUACAGAAAGUCAUUUACCAGUGCUGCUUAUGCUAAUAAUUUGCACUGCCAGCCAUGUAGAAAUAUGUAAUCAUUCUCUCGUUGAGAGUUUAUGAAGGGAAAACCUAAUACAUAAGAGUCACAUACAGCAUGACUAAUGGGAAGUGGGAUGAUACUGAAGCUUGGCACGCUGCAAGUGUUGUUGGGCUCUGCUCUGCUCUCUGACAGUGGAGGGAUGGCCAUUUCCUGGGAAAGUAUUUUCAGGCCAGUAGACAGGUUUUCUUUUGAGAUCCUUCUUUAAAUCACUGUGCUGAACACUUGGGAAAGGAUUGUUUUGUUUCACUGAUUCUGUUCUGUUCUCAGUUAGGAACCAUUGGUAAUGAAAUAAAAGGAUGUUUCUCUCAGAGCUAUAUAUUUAAGAGACACAAGUCAUAUAUUUGAUCUUACAGAAAGCUGUAUAGGGAGUCACAAAAUAGAGCUUGCUGAUAUGUCUGCAGCCUCAUGUACAUAAUUGUUCUUCUUUGACAUGCAGCUCAGUGACUCCAGUCACCAGGGGUGUAGAACCCAAAAUUUGGGCCCUGUGCCUUAACAGUCUGAGUGGGCCCCCUUUUCCUCUUAAUACAUCAGCUCUUAUGUAUCUCUUUCUCUUUUAUCAUCAGCAAAGAUUACAGCCUAAAAGUUGAGAAAGAGACUUUAAAAGAGAGCUUUGAUGAGUUUAAUAGAUAUAGACAUUUUGAUUUCUGACAACAUCUGCUGUAGGUGAUGCUAAUGUGUGUGAGAAUGCAGACAGUAAACCUUAGGAACACACUUCAUUUCAUUCAGAAGUGAGUUGAACAGAGGCUCACCUGGACAUAUUGACCUUGGUUCUUGAUACUGUAGGCACAAGAAAACGUUUUUAAAAAAGCUAUUUUUUUUCUGGCCUCUACACUGUGAAAUGAUAAUAGUCAAAGACAAGAAAAUGCGAUUUCACUGGAGUCAUGAUUUAAUGAGGGUAAUAAUUAGAAAAUUGCAAGAAAAAACAAUUUAAUUUCAGGCUUCUUGAGGGACCGCCGCGUGUUUAGCUCCCAGUUAGUUCUACUAUUCCCCCACACUAUGAUUCCCCUGCUAUUCAUAGAUUAAUAACCUGAUUAGAUUAGACCUGAUUAGAUAAAAUUUAAAUUUUAAUAUUUCAAUUUCAGGGCCGCCAAUGUAGCAAAAAUAUUUCAGAUGCUUGUUUUUUUGUUAUUUAUUUAUUUAUUUUUUAAACCUUUUCCAGCCGCAGACACGUUCCCUUAAAGCGAAAUUAAUUUCUCAUGAAAAUAAACUCCUUCAAAUUACUGAUAAAUUACGAGCGUUAUUAAAAUCAGAUUAUUUCUAAAUUGAUUUUUAAAGUCUUAUCAUUCCACAGAAUGACAAUUAGAAGCCCAAUCAAGCCUAAAUUUGCAUUUAUGGCCGCAAAGGAAGAGAUGGCUCACAUGAAUAAAUUAAUAAGGUUGCUAUUUGGCCUUUCUGUCUCAAGAGUGAUGAGUAAUACAGUAUGAACUGAAACAUUCAUUCCUCUCGGUAAAAUUAACUGCAGAGGAGGGGGACUGACCUCUAAAGAUGAUUGUUUGGAAUGAAUGGGUGCAGCCAUGCCUGUUGAUGAAGCUGAUAGUGAAAUAUGUGAACAGAUGACCAAUUUUACUUCUCAUUACUUGUUGAUUAUUCAGCCCUUUGCUAUUUAGAUUUAAAUUAUUCCAAAAUUACUGUGGGAUUUAUGUAAAUUCCAUUGGAGCCGAGCACUCGGGCUCAGGAUGAGUGAUGAUUCAUUCACAGGUUAAUUCAUUCUUCUUUGGCCAGCUGCAGGUUCAGAUGUAAAUAUUAGUAAAUUAAGAGAGAAAAACAGUGGGAGAGCCACAAAUUUUAUAUUCAGAUCUGAUGCUUAGUCCUAUAAUCGCUUCUAUUAUCACUUGGAUUUCGAAAACAAAUCUGCCUCACAAA